CCGCCGCCCGCCGCCCGGGCCAUGGCCGUGCCCGCGGACAGGGGGGCCCCGCGCCCGCUCUUCGCAGACUGGCUCCUGGGGGAGGUGAGCAGCGGCCGCUACGAGGGCCUGCGGUGGCUGGACGCCGGCCGCACCCGCUUCCGCGUGCCCUGGAAGCACUUCGCGCGCAAGGACCUGGGGGAGGCCGACGCCCUCAUCUUCAAGGCCUGGGCGGUGGCCCGAGGCAGGUGGCCGCCCGGCGGCGGCCGUGACCAGCUGGCCUGCGAGGCCGCACUCCGCGCCGGCUGGAAAACCAACUUCCGCUGUGCCCUGCGCAGCACCCAGCGCUUUGUGAUGCUCCAAGACAACUCCGGGGACCCCACUGACCCACAUAAAGUGUACGCACUGAGCUCCGAGCCGGGGUGCAGAGGAGCUGCGGCGAUUAACCAUGGGGAGAAGGCGGGUGAAGACACCCCACCACUGAUGGGUGGGCUCCCUAGGCCAUGCCUGGGAGGAGAUGCUGGCCAGAGGCUGGGGCACAGUCUGAGCCCUGAGCCCUGUGCCCCAUGCGCCCCUUUGGGCCAAGCUGGCAAUGCCGAGGAUCUCUUGCUCCAGGCCCUACAGCAGAGCUGCCUGGAGGACCAUUUGCUGGAAGCUGCAUGGGGAGUGGAUGCAAUCACUCCAGGCACUCCUGGCCCAGAGCUCCCUGACAUGGAGCCAUACCAGCCACGGGCAGCAGAGAUGGCCCCAAGCCCUGAGCCCCAGGUCCUGCACCAGGCCCGGAUGACAGAUACAGGCCCAGCCUCGGAGCCGUGGCAGCCCCCCCAAGAGGUGGAGCCUUGCGCCCCAGUGGCAGGGGAGCAGGUCCUGGCCAGGCCCGGCUGCUCACAGCCAGGACUGCAGGCAGAGCUCAGGGCCCUGGAUGUGACCAUCAUGUACAAGGGCCGCACGGUGCUGCAAGAGGUGGUGUGGCAUCCAAGCUUUGUGCUCCUGUACGGGCCCCCCAGCCUGGCCACCAGGGCCACUGAGCCCCACUGCGUGGCCUUCCCAAGCCCGGCCAAGCUCGCGGACCAGAAGCAGCUUCACUACACAGAGAAGCUGCUGCAGCACGUGGCCCCUGGCCUGCAGCUGGAGUUACGGGGGCCGGGGCUAUGGGCCCGGCGCCUGGGCAAAUGCAAGGUCUACUGGGAGGUGGGAGGGCCCCUGGGCUCGGCCAGCCCCUCCACAGCCCCCCGCCUGCUGCAGAGGAACCAGGACACCCCCAUCUUCGACUUCAGCACGUUCUUCCGAGAGAUGGCCGAGUUCCGGGCUCGCCGGCGUCGGGGCUCCCCAUACUACACCAUCUACCUGGGCUUUGGGCAGGACCUGUCGGCUGGAAGGCCCAAGGAGAAGAGCCUGGUCCUGGUGAAGCUGGAGCCACGGCUGUGCCGGGCGCACCUGGAGUACGUGCAGCGAGAAGGGGUGUCCUCCCUGGACAGCAGCAGCCUCGGCCUCUGCCUGUCCAGCUCCAACAGCCUCUACGAGGACCUGGAACACUUCCUCAUGGAGGUAGAGCCACCUGCCUGAGCGCCGGGCCGCUCUCCCAGCCAAUAAAAAGGACUUGAACCGA